AUGGGAGAGAACAUCAUCAUCCAAAUAAAGGAAGAGGCCAGCUGUUGUGAGAGGAGAGUUCAGGGCCAGCUCCCUCCGCUGAUGAUUCCUGUCUUUCCCCCAGACCAGAGGACCCUGGCGGCUGCCGCAGCCCAGCAAGGCUUCCUCAUGCCCCCUGGCUUCAACUACAAGCCUGGCUGCAGUGACCCCUACCCUCUUCAGCUCAUCCCCACAACAAUGGCUGCUGCUGCUGCUGCUGCUGCUGCCACACCCGGCCUGGGACCCCUACAGCUCCAGCAGUUGUAUGCCGCUCAGCUGGCGGCCAUGCAGGUCUCCCCGGGGGCCAAGCAGCACGGAGGCAGCCUGCAGCCCCAAGCCAACCUGGGCAGACACUCGCCACCCAGCAACACACACUCCCACAGCGACAAAGGCCGCAGCUCCCCGCAACAACACAAGUCCAAGGACAGUGAGGGUGCACAGCCACUGAACCUGUCGGCCAAGCCUAAGGCAUCCGAGAGCAAGUCACCCAACUCCCCCCCAACUUCCCCACAGGUCCCUGCUGCCGCUGCUGCCAAGCUGGGCCCCGUCGGUUCCAUGAAGCACAGCGUCCCCUCCAGCAUCGGAGGACCACCGACCAGAGUCAGCUCAAUAGCAGACUUGUUAUCAUCGCUGUCCUCGACAGCCUACCUGAACGACCACGAGGCAGUGAGCAAGGCCUUCGCUGAGGCCCGGCAGAUGAAGGAGCAGCUAAAGCGGGAGCAGCAGGUCCUGGACGCCAAGGUGGCUGCCGUCAGCAACCUCAGCCUCAACAACGGACGCACUGACAAGGACAAGGCCGCCUUGGAGAGUCUGAGUCAACAGCUGAAGCAGCAGGCGGAGGACAAGUUCAGCCACGCCAUGCUGGACUUCACCAUGAGCGGAGACUCUGACGUUUGUGAGCAGCAGGGCCAGCUGCCCUUGUCCUCAGCGGGCGUGGUUUACCCAGGUGCCCUGUCCAUGGCGGGGCUGCCCUCACCCCAGAUGCCCUCCGAGCACUCGAGCAUGUCCAGCAGCCCCGAACCCAACGCCAACCACCACCAGAACCCCCACAUGCCCAGCCUGAAAGGGGACGAGCCACGGAUCAAGGAGGAGGAGCUGCGGCUGGACGACAGCAACGGCGAUGUGUACGACGACUUUGACUACGAGGACGAAGAGGCCGACUACACCAGCGAUAACGAAAACCAUAUCACCCAAUAGGACGCCACGAGAGCCGCGUACUUUUAAAAGCCAAUCACAGCUGGUUAACCCCCAUCCCUUCAGAAAAAAAUACCAAACCCACCAAUCAGGAAGAAGAACUUUCUCUUUUGCCAAUCACUUUGAGUCCUAAUCUCACAAAAACCUGCCACCCUUUACCCACUUCCUGACUGACAUGGACUCUUUUAACAGAGCCAGACCCCAACCCUACUAUCCAGCUCCCCUCCCAACGGAGUCCUGAUACCAGCAUCUGAUCAAUCAACUGAAGCACAGGACCUGUCACUCACACUGACUGUUACACAAACCGAAGUCUGAGAGGAGGAGACGACCGGAGACGACUCCUGAUGCUUGCUGAGGAAUACUCAAGUACUACUGCAAGAGUUUGAGUAAUGCACCAAGUGAGGAGAAAUAAAAAAAAUCACACUCAGAAAAAGCAACCUUUUAGACCUGUUUGUAGACGAGGAGACGUUUUGAAAAUGAAAAAUGACGAAACAGUGGACCUGUCAAAAGGCCAAACAGAUGACACUUUAAGAUGGCGGACCUGUUUGUUAUCAAGAGACACUUUUAAAAGUUAAAAAACAGCUUUUUUGUUCUUUGGUUCUAUAAUAUUCUCACUCAGGUACACGGUGCCAAUAAGUGGCUUGUGAAUGUGAUUUGUUGUUUUUGUGCUACAAGUUUGAAUAAUAAUAGAAAAAAGAGACAUUUCUUUUCCCCCCAUUUUGUUGUAAAGCACCUGAGAGACAUCAGACAUGUUUAUUUUUAACAAAAUGAUAUCUUUCUUCGACCUCGCAGCGUGCUGUCAGCGACCUCCCUCCCUUACCCCUUUUUUUUCUCUGUGUUUUUGUGACUGCCCUCUCCCUCACCCACCACCACCUGUUAGGAAUCCAAGGGGACGGUCCUGCAGCGCAGCGUGGACUGUUCCCCCUUUGACUGGAUUUUCAGGGUGGGAGAGGUGAGGAGGAAGGGGGGUGAGUCUCUGUGGGGUCAUGGAGCAAGAUGCGAAAGCACUGUGUUGUGAGACAAUCCACCAGUUUUCCCUCUCGCUCCGUCCCCUUUCUGUCGCGAUCUUGUUGCAGGGCGGAGCAUCGCUCAGCUCCGACACAGUGUGUGUGUGAGUGUCGGUGCGUGUUCUGUGUACUCACUUUACUGAGUGUCAUCUUUUUGAAAGAAGCGAGAAACGUCCAAGACACAGUAAAUACAGGCAACUCAUGCUGCUUCUGUGCUUCAGGCUACAUCCACACUACUAUGUGUAUGUUUAGAGCCGCUAAAAUGGUUUGGAAAUGCUGCUGCCUCUGUUUUAGUUUUAAAACUCUGGGGUCGCAUUCUAGUCUGGACGAGCAGAAACUGAGAUGUUUGGAAACGACAAUGUAGACACUCACAACCGCUUGCUGAUUGGGUCUUUUUGGUCACUGCAUAGCCUUCACUGAUUGGUCUGUAGAACGCAACAUGCAUAAUCAUUUACACAUGUUGCUGACCCUGUCGUCUUUGCUAACAGCUUUUUGUGCAGUGUAACUCUACAUCUUACAGUGAUACAACUGCCAACAAUUUGGAGUUGAUGAGCUAUUAUUCAAGCAAUCUGCGACAAUUACUGUGUAAACCGGCACGCACAUGCCCAAUGUACGUGGUCACGUGAUAUGCGUUUUCAGGCGGGUUAGUAUGGACGGGUAUUAAAACGCUUUCAAACGUAAACAUAGAAGUAUGGAUUUAGCUUUACUGUAGCACACAUACGCAUGUUCACAAACAUACACGCACACACAACUGUUGUUCUGUCCCUCAGUGUUUUUUCCCGCUCCCUUCAAUCAGCGUCGUCCUGCUGUCCCCAGUGGGCAGAGAUGAGGUGAAGUCAGCCAGUCAGUGUUUCUGUUUGUAUUUGAAUACUGUAUUUUAUUAUUUUCUCUUCAAGCUGCCUCUAGUCUAAUAAUAUUAUUAACAAUAAUUAUAAGGACGGUCAGCGUUUCCUAAGUUUAGUAAGUUAUGUACAGUAUAAUUUAUUUUUCUCCUCUUUAUCGGGUUUUUAUGACCAUAUGAAACUAUGACAGUCAAUGAAACAUUAUUCUAUUAUAGCUGUAGGUAUUUAGAUCUAAACACAAGUUGUCAUUUUACCUUUUCUUUGUUUCAUUGUUCCCUUCUUUUUUUGCCGCAUUGUUUUUGUAUUAAUCCUGAGGAUGGGUGGGCAGGCGGGCGGAGUUAUGAGAGCGAGCUGGACUGACGGACUCGACACCAGCCCUCCUCCGAGCUGAAGACGUAGACCUUUCCAUGUCCACACCCAUUUCUGAAAAGCACUCAGAUUCUGUGCAGUCAGAGAAAAAUGUAUUUUUUUUCUAAUUGUCAUAAUAAUUUUAUUUGUAAUGGUUGUUAUAAUGUAUAAUGUGAAGUUUCCUCUGUUUUAUUUUGCCUUUUUUUGGGGGGGGGGAAUCAGUUUUUAUCACUUUUGGAAACUGUUUUCAGUGAACAAAGAAUCCCGUCCCCGUUUACUUGUUUGGCCGCCUCACUGAGACACAGUGGAACAUCAGUGGGUUGGAUCCACACACACACACACACAUAUGCAUGCACAAACACAAUCACUAAUACACACACUAAAAACGAAGAGAUUAUCAUGACAACCAAACAAAUCCUAUGCUGUCAUUUUUGUAGUAUUCUAGAUUUAAAAAAAUACAUAUAUUUUGUUUUUGUGAGAUAGUGAUUUCUUUUUAAUCAUAGGAAAGCAGUGUUUACCAUAAUCCACCAAGGGUGUUCCACUGUGUGUGUGCGUUUAUGCGUGUGUGUGCAUGUCUGUGUGUGUGUGUGUGUGUGUGUGUGAGACGACCAAACGCACUUACAGUAUCAGUCACUUCUCAUCAGGAGCCCUUUGCUUUGUUUUAGCUCCACGCUGAUGCUACAGGAGCCAUGACUACUCUUCAGGUGUGCCGUCACAUAGUGAUCCCCCCCAACAAUCACAAUAUAGAUGUUUGCCAUGCACCACUUAAUUAGCCUCCGGGUCUUAAUUUUGCUGUAUAGUCACCCCUGCUAUCACGCUGUGGUUCAACCCGAUGCUGGAGAGAGAGGGGGGAGGGUGCAGAGUGGAUCGAGCCACCUUUUAGGGUAUCACGGGGGUGGGUGGGGCUUGGGGGAUCGGGGGGGCAUUAAGACGUCAAUCAUCCCUGCUGGCAAGGUCUGUCCCCAUAUCAAGACAAUGAAAAAGAUGAUGAUGAUAAUAAUAUUAUUUAAGACAAUCAAAGUCAUGAGUGGAGCUCAAAACAAAGUAAGAAUUAUUACAAGUUAAAAAAAAUAUCUUACCAUCUCAACUUGAAAAAUCAAGAAAGAUAAUUAUGUAAAUAUAACAUAGAGUUAUAGAUUUAUAUUUUGUUCAUAACACAGUGUAAUAUAAGUUGUAUAUUUCUUUUUUUUCUCUCCCUACUGUCUCUUUUAUUGAUGUUAUAUCCAUGCCACAGAAAAGCCAGAGUUGCAGUACUCUCACAAAAAAAAUAUCAAAGAAAUAAAGAAAAACAGGAAAAAAAAAAAAAAAAGCCGUGGGCUGCCACCACCAUCUGUUCUAAGUUCACUUUUUUUCAGUAUUACUGCCAGACAAGGCUCUAAUAAAGACAGCAAUGUGUUCGGUAAAA